CUUCUGCACACAAAUAAGCAGAACCUUCUCCUUGCGUCCCUUCGCCGCCUCAGUAGAAGAUUUCAGUGUCUUUAAAGCCUUAAUGGCUCUCAGUAUACAUGUAGAUGAAGAAGGAAGGUUGGAGCGGAGAAGCAAGCUGCUACAAGAAUUGAUGAUAGCAGCAGAAGGAAAGCCAGAAUUGGAACAAUACGCGCAACCUUGGUUCAUAGAUCAAGAAUUAUAUAAAGCAGUAAAGGAAGGCAAUGCAGACAACUUCCUUGAAGCCUUGGCAACAGUUUCAAAAAAUCUAUCUCUGCAGUCCAUCUUUAAUCAAGCAGGCCCCUCGCAGAAUUCAUUGCUUCAUUUGGCGGUAAAUUUCAAAAAAGAAGAUAUUGCAGAACUCAUUGCCUGCCAUUUUCCAAAACUUAUUUCCAGGCAGGAUAUGAAAGGCAAUACGGCUCUGCAUUUUGCUGCUAGAAUGGGAAUUCUGAAGACCGUAGAAAUUCUUGUAAGGUGUGCAAAUGAAUUAUCUACUGCAGAUGUUUCAAGCUCAUCUUCCUCUACACCCAAGAAUGACCCAAAUAAGAAUCUAGAAACAAGCAGUACUAAAAAUCGAUUAGCGAUGAUGAAGAAUAAGCUUGGAAACACUGCUUUGCACGAGGCUGUGAUUAAUGAUCACUAUGAAGUGGCUCGAUUCUUGAUUCUUGAAGAUCAAGAAGUGUGGUAUUUUGAAAACGAGGAAGGCUGGUCACCAGUGUGUAUGGCAAUCAAAACUGGAAACCAGAAGAUUCUUGGUUUACUAUUGGAAUUGCAACCUCCAGCAACCCGUUGUGGCGAUGUACUCUCAAGGCUACAAGGAAACUCACCAGCUCAUGUUGCCAUAAAUGAAAAAAGAUUAGAUAUGUUGAAAGAGAUGGCGGAAGCAAAUCCUCGACUUAUGCAGUUCAAAGAUGCAAAUGGGGGAACUCCUCUUCACUGGGCGGCAUACAGAGGUGAUCUUGAUGCAAUUGGCUUCCUUUUAAGUGUAUCUAGAUCAAUCAUCUUUGAAAAAGAUAAUGAUGGCUGCUUUCCAAUUCACAUUGCAUCCAAAGAAGGUAAUGUUAAGGUAAUCAAAAUGCUGGUUGAGUGCUGGCCUGAUCCAGAAGAGCUGCUCACAACAAAAGGUAGAAAUAUUCUUCAUAUAGCGGCCAUGUAUGGAAAAGAUAACGUGGUGAGAUACAUAUUGGCAACUCCUAAACUGAGGAAGCUUGUGAAUGAGAGAGACUUCAAUGGAGACACUCCAUUACAUUUGGCAGAAGGUUACUGUCAUCCUGGAGUUGCGCUUUCUCUCACUCGCCACAAAGGAAUCAACUUGAAUGCUCUCAACAAUGAAAUGUUAACUCCUUUGGAUGUUUAUUGCAAGUACAAGGAAAUCUCCGUUUUCGAAGAGAUAAAAUUGCAAAUCAACAUAACAUCCAUUUCUUUAACUUCAGCUGGGUGUGAAAGAAAUUUGGAUUUAGAGACACACAAGGAAAAGCGAAUUGCUUCCACGCUGCCAAACCCAACUAAAAUUCAAUGGAUGAAGGACUAUGUUGGGGCUCUGUUAACGGCAGGAACACUUGUGGCCACAGGCACCUUUACUGCUGGAUUCGCCUUGCCUGGUGGUUAUAAUAGCCCUGAUAAUAACCCAGACAAAGGAACAGCAACAAUGAUAAACAAUCACAUGUUUCAAUUGUUCAUGAUUUGCAACACCGCCUCUUUCUAUUGCUCCAUCAUCUGCAUUUUGUUCUGUUUUUAUGCAUUGCUCGGUGAUAUCGCUGUGCCUGUAAAGGCUUUUAUAAAUGCACAAAGACUUUUCGGAGUAGCUCUUUUGAUGAUGUCUCUGGCGUUCAUGGCUGCAUUACAUGUAGUAUCAGGCAAACUUUCUUCGCUGUCCUCUCUCCUUCUCAUUAUGGGAACCAUCGCUCUUGCCGUAGUUUUUUGGGACUCCACAACAAAUUUGGUUCCACUUGAGAGGAAUCUGCCUCUGCUGCGUUCUGUCUCCUACCACAUCUGUCGAAUACUGGUUUUCGUAUAUUUGAGAUACUAUGAUUCUGAACCUCCUGCUUACUUAUCAGAAGAAUCCAGCAGCGACAAUAAGAAUGAAAAAUCCAAGGACAUGGAUCAAAAGGAAUCUGUAAAACAUGUAGGAAUUGAAGAAUAAUUUGUUUAAUUAGUAUGUGUGGAAAGCCUUCUAGAAAUUAUUAUAUCAUCAGGUACUAUGAGAUUGUUUGCACUACUUA